ACACGUAACUUCGCUUUGGUCACACGGUCAAUGACAUCAGCAAAAGCUUUACCGAGACAGAUGUGUAACGUAACGUUGCAACACAUGUAAUAUAGCGUUAGUACUACCUGUGAGCACCAGGGCUUUAUUCUCACCGUGAGUGGACCUACCUGGACGGACAAGCAAACUCUGACGAGCAAAAUCUCAGGAUAAACCGUUUUAAGGACAGGGUGCCUCUAUUGGUGCUAACAGUUAGCUAGCAUACCUGGUGAACUUUUACCUUCGUUGCUUAAUGUGUUUGACAAUCAACUUUAUCCAACUCGAGCAAGCCAACCAGGCAGCUGAAGUUAUAUAACGUUAGCUAAAUACAAGGACGGACUUAGAACGCUACAAGGGUAAGAUUUUAGUUUUGUUAGCUAACUGUCAAAGAGUUUCUGCUGAUUAGCCAGUCCGCCUUCCUUGCGUCGUUCGAGGUCAUUCUGUAGCCGCUCUCUAAGAUAGCCAGUGGUUAACGGGAAGCUAGUCAUGAAGAGCCUACCGUAUUUCUGCCGGGGAGAGGUUAUUCGAGGCUUCGGGAGAGGAAGCAAAGAACUGGGAAUCCCGACAGCCAACUUCCCUGACUCAGUGGUGGACAACCUUCCAGCAGAUAUUGGCACAGGAAUCUACUACGGCUGGGCCUGCGUCGGUAAUGGUGAUGUCUACAAGAUGGUGAUGAGCAUUGGCUGGAACCCUUACUACAAAAAUACCAAGAAGUCCAUGGAGACCCACGUGAUUCACACAUUUAAAGAGGACUUUUAUGGGGAGAUUCUCAGUGUUGUCAUGGCGGGCUACAUCCGUCCAGAGAGAAGCUACAACUCACUUGAAGCGCUCAUUGCAGCCAUAAACAGCGACAUUGAGGAGGCCAAGGUCAAGUUGGAGCUCCCUGAGCAUCUCAAACUGAGAGACGACAACUUCUUCACCAGCGCUCCCAGCUCGUCGUCAGCCCUGCCCCCCAACACUGCAUCCACAUCACAGACUAUUAUAAAUGGUCACUGACAGCUGGCUGUGACUGUAGCACAUUGUACACACACACACACACACACACACGUUUCUAUAUACACACAGGUGUAUGCACUAAUUAUGAUGCAAAACAUCAUUCUGAGAUCUCUGACCCGUUGUCAUGGCUGCAUAAACAACCAAUCUUUUUUUAAUUGUAUUUUUCUUUUACCUCUUCAAUGUGUCUCAAUUGUUUAACUUCCUGAAUGUUUCUUUGCAGACUGCUUUUGUAUAUACUCACACCAGAUUGCCUCUUCUAAUAGCAUAACUGUGUAUCUCUUUGGUCUUACUGGUCCUGCUGUAUAUUUGGAAUCUUUUAUGUAAGAAGGUACUUUAAAUUAAAAAAAAAAAAAGAAAUACAGAUUUUGGCAUUAGGGUGACCACAAGUAAUUUUGUAAAAAUUUGUAUAUAACGAAAGACUCAAAUGGACUGUAAACUCAAGUCUGAACA